CUUGCACAAUCUGAAACCUUAGAUAUAGCUGCUUCACCCCAGCAUCCCGCUAUAAAGUAUACUACAUCUAAUGGGAGACACAAAACGAGUUUAAAGAAAUUCUGUUUUGUAUUUUCUGCACUCCGGAGGCCUAUUAAAUCGCGAUAGGAUUUCUGGGGGCUCAUGGAGAGCGGCAUGCUGGAGCCCUACAGGGGUAUCUAUAGCACCAAGAGCCAUGAACAGUUGGAGCCCAAGAGAUCCCCUCAGAAGCAAGGAAAAAACUGCACGGACAUGGAGAGCAGUGUGACGGAAGGGCAGUAUGUGUUGUGCCGGUGGUCAGACGGGCUGUAUUACCUAGGAAAGAUUCAGAGAGUAAGCACUUCCAAGCAGAGCUGCUUUGUCACCUUUGAGGAUAACUCCAAAUUCUGGGUUUUAUUUAAGGACAUUCAGCAUGCUGGGGUUCCGGGGGAGGAGCCCAAGUGUAGUGUGUGCUCUGGACUGGCUCUGGUGUCAGACAAUGAAAUCCUCAUAUGUGGCAAAUGUGGAAUAGGUUAUCACCAACAGUGUCAUCUUCCCCAGGUGGAAAGCACUUUGGAUGUGUCACCCUGGUUUUGCAGGAGGUGCAUUUUUGCAUUAGCGGUGAGGAAAGGUGGGGCAUUGAAGAAAGGCCCCAUUGCGAAAGCACUGCAGGCAAUGAAACAAGUGCUGACGUACAACCCAGAUGAGCUGGAGUGGGACUCCCUCCACAGAACCAACCAACAGCAAUGUUACUGCUACUGUGGGGGGCCUGGCGAAUGGUACCUUAAGAUGCUGCAAUGCUUCAGGUGUCGUCAGUGGUUUCAUGAAGCCUGCGUGCAGUGCCUGCAUGAGUCCAUGAUGUUUGGAGACAGAUUCUAUUUGUUUAUCUGUGCUGUGUGCAAUAAGGGAGUGGAGUAUAUCAAACGCUUAGCCCUAAGAUGGGUCGAUGUGGUUCAUCUUGCUCUGUACAAUCUGGGAGUGCAAAGUAAAAAGAAGUACUUUGAGCUGGAGGAGAUUCUCCACUUUGUUAGUAACAACUGGGAUCACUUCCAGCUUGGAAAGCUCACCAACACUCCUGUUACAGAAAGAAGCCAGUAUGUGCUGGAUGCUCUCAAUAACUAUAAAAGCAAGUUUCUUUGUGGAAAGGAAAUUAAAAAGAGGAAAUGCAUCUUCCGUCUGAGAACGCGUGUCCCUCCUAGUCCUCCCUCCAAGCUGUUCCCAGAGAGAGCACAGAACUCGGAGGGCAGGGAAGGAAGGAAGAGAGGGAGGGGCAGGAACAGCUCAUUGCCCCCAGAAUUUCAGCCCCAGAAAAGGAUGAAAAAGAAGAGGUCUAAGUGGUUGCUGGAGGAUGCUAUCCCAAACAAUGACCUAACAUCCACCUGGAGAACAAACCACCAUAUGGCCAGUAUAUUUGACUUCACUUUGGAUGAACUACAGAGUUUGAAAAGUACGAGUUCGGGACAGACCUUCAGCCUGGACCUGGACUCAACAGAUGCUGCAAGCACAUCUGGAUCAGCUACCACAAGCAUAUCCUAUGAGUGCCGAAAAAACGUGGGCAGCAGGAAGAGGAAGCUGCGGACCUCCAACUACGCCCUGUUGCCAUCCCGGAGGCCGGCGACGGAGAGCUACAGCAGCCCGAGCGCCUUCGACGCUGCCGAGUCGCCCGAGCCCCUGGACAACGGCAUCGACAGCCACACCUUCGAGAGCAUCAGCGAGGACGACUCCUCGCUCUCCCACCUCAAGUCCUCCAUCACCAGCUACUUCGGGGCAGCAGGGCGCUUGACCUGUGGGGAGAAGUACCAGGUGCUGGCACGCAGGGUCACCCCAGAGGGCAAGGUUCAGUAUCUGGUGGAGUGGGAGGGCACCACACCUUACUGAUGUGGGCGAGGCAGGGGCAGGUCAGGGGCAAAGGGAAUAUAUCUGCUGCCUCUUACCACUUAUUUGUCUAUCUGUCCUGUCAUGGAGCUGUCUAGAGCAAGAGUUCUCUGCUCCAGCCCUGGGAGGUUGCAGGGUCUCCUGGCUUGCCCUCCACCAGAGUUAAUUAGCCUAACUAAUUACUUUCAUUAUCUGACCUGGUCUCAUGCUAUCAGUAACUGAAGGAGACCAGCAGGGGCUCCCGAACUGCAGCCCUUAAGCAUAAGAACUGAGGACUCCCAGUUUAGAGAUCGACCCAGAGGUGGUUCUUACAGAAAGAGGCUGCAGCACUCUGGGCAGGCCAAGGCCACAGCGUUGCGUUGCUUCACUUGGCUUUGCAUCCUCACACAUUUACCUUUCUCCAGUUGUUGAAGUGCCUCUUGACAGACACGUGUGGUCUUGGCUAAAAGUGUUCAACCUCAGUGUGAUGUGUCUGUCAGGUUAUCUCUCACCGGCUCCAGCAGUACCUCUGAGCUCUAUUUUGACAUCCUGAAAUACUGAUGAAACCUUUCUUGUCAGAUGCUCUGGACUGGAGGGAAGAUACAUUUCCAACUCUGUUAAGGUUUCCCACUAUCUUUUCUUUCAGUUUUAAUGUAAACAUCCUAAUACUUAUGAAAUUUCUUCCUCCUCCAUUAAUGUUACUGUUCCAGUUCCUCUCACAAUGCAGAUUUGUGUUUGUUGUGCUAGAGCAGGAAGCAGAGUGAAGGGAUGCAAUGCUAUGCACUUGUGUGCCCCAGGCCUAAGUUUCCCCUGUCGAAACCGCUGUCCUUAAAGUUGAAAGUGUAUUAUGCUAGAAAUCCAUAUGCUGUGUGUAUUGUACAAAGACAGCACAAUAUUUAGAUUGAUAUUGGUAAAAUAUUUUUGUGAUAUAAGGCUUAUACAGGUAGGGGAGCAGAGGUUGGUUUAGGGGUGCUGGAUAUUCACACGUCAAAAAAGGGUUUGAUUACUACAGUUGACUCCCCAUCACCCUUGUAUUGCUAAUAUACAUACCCUGUCAAACUGGGUAAGAGAUAAAGUGUCUUGCUUCAAAGAAGCCUUGGAAAAGAACGUUUGCACUGAUUUUGCAAAACAUUUGUCACAUAAUGUGCUCAUAUUUGAAAUUGGAAUUCGGUGUCUAAAAACAUCAAUAAAGCAACAAUAGAAGUAAAAGAGAGCUAGCUAGCUUGUGUAUUAAACUAACUGUAGAUUGAUUGUGCAUGAAAAUCUAAAUUUGCAAACAUUUGUCGAUAACUGUGCUUACUGUGUAUUGUGCGUUUGCCCCUUUGUGACAAAUGGGACAGAGAGGACCUUUGUUAUUUACAGAUUUCAGUUUCUUCUCUUGUCCUGCUUUCAUGAAGACUUCUUGUGAGCCAUUUUUCCACAAUUUCUCCUGGAAGUAGCUGGACUGUCUGAACUGGACAGAAUAUGCGAACCAGAAAAGUCACCCUGAGGUUUAGCUAGAGAAGGUUUCCACUGUGGCUCAGCAAGACCUCUUCCAAUAAAUCUCAUACCCGAAAGCCAAAGUAUUUUCCCCCUUUUGAUGGCAGCUUUAUUACAGAAAACAGAAUUUUGUAAGAACAACAAAUUUCAAGCAUUAAAUGUUUCACUGAUAGUUUUCCUAUUUAAAUGGGCUAAGGAGCAGAAUGUAUUGUAGCAAGAUAAUGUAUGUUGCUUCUCAGUGUCAGGACAGAAAGAAUGUGAUAAAGCAUAUUUUAAAAGAGCAACCAAAUCAUAAAUGCUGGAAUGACAAUGAAAUAAAAAAUAGAAUUAUGUUAAGUAGAACUUUCAGUGCUUACAGUUUAGACUAUGGUUAAUCCAUACUUUGAUAUCAAUAGAAACUAACCAUCCAAAUGUAAAAAAUAUUCAUUUUAUACAUACCGAAUGGUUUAUAGAACACAGUUGGCAGAAAAUUAUUCGAUUGUGUGUCUGUGUGAAUUUGCUGCUUUGUAGCAAACCAGUGUUAUAAUGUGCCAUUCAACAUAAAUUCUCUGCGUUGUGUAAUAAACGCAGUAUAAUGAGAUUUUUUUAAUGUAUCUUGCAAUCAAACUAUACAAAAUAUCCUGUGAAUUGAACAGAUUUAUUAUUCGGAAUUGCCAUUCCGUCUUGGAGUUGUUAUGAAUAUAAAUUUAAAUCAGUAUAAGCAACAGCAAAAGAGAACCUUAAAAAUAGCCAAUUGUAUUAAAUAAAUAGGCAACAUAAGCUGCUGAUUUAGAAUUGUGAUAGAGAAAAUACGUAACUAUCUUUUAAAAUACUGUGUAUUGUAUUAUGCUGUUCAUCAAACAUGUUCUUCUAAUUAAUUUCUAAAUUUAUGCCGUAUGCAAUAGAAAUGCAUUUAAAUAUUAAAGUGCUUCUAUAGCACUACUAUUGUACAGGAGGUUGACUGAAGUUUGGAGGGAGUUAAUAGUUACAGCUGUUUCAUGACAGUUGGUGAUGCAGUUUAUGAUUGUUCUCUGUGCUGUUUUAUAGCCCUGUGAACUCUUUUCAUAGAUCAUUGACCCUGCUAAGAGAUUUUUAAAAACUUAUGCAUCACUUUUUGUGUUUUGCUCAAUUGCUUAGAUUUCAAAUGUUUUCAAUAACCCCAGUAUAUGAUUUUUUCUAGAAAAAGUGUAGCUUUGCUGGAGUUUGACAGUAACAGGAAGAGGUUUAUAAACUUCUUGCUGGUAAAAAUAAAGCCAGAAACAUUCACUUUGGGUGUUUAAAAGAUAAUUUAAAGGCCAAAAUAAAGGAUAAUGGAAAUACCUAUGCAAAAUGUAUUUCUUUGCAUGUUUACUUGUCACAGGUAAUGAUGUGAUUUGAUUUGAUGUAUAAUUAACAUUAUAUUAACAUAAUUAAAAUAUAAAUUCAAAAGUGUUUCAGUGAACAGUAAACCUAUGAAAUCUUUAACUCCCAGUAAAAGGUUUAAAAAUACUAUUUCUGAGAGAAAAAUGUUACUUUUCUUCUAAAGGAAAAAAAGCCACAGCAGUAUUUACAGAAAGUAAUUGACAGUUAGCUGUACAGGAUUUUCCCUCACUUUGCUUGUAAACUGAAUCUCUCCCAAAUACACUUCACUUCCACCUCCACCUUUGGAAAAUUUUGUUUGCAAGACAGUUUUAAAAUAAAGAGCUGAAGAUUGACUUGAACUAUUAACAGUACUGUGCAGUUACUGGAUACAGAACCUGCGGCAGUCACGAAGUAAAUACCUGUAUCUCACAUCACAGCGGAGGGAAAGGAUGUUUUUUUAGAUUUUUUUGGCUGUUAAGCGAUCAAACCCUUGAAAAGAGCACCCUUUACAGGGCCCUGAAUAAGUAACGUGUUACACUGCGUUUAAAUAACACUGUUCUUUCCUCCUUUCUACAGUGGUGAGGUCAUCUGUUUGCACACUGUCCAACUUGUAAAAAGUUGAAGUAAUAACAUUUUUGAUUGUGCACAGCUGCCGACAGUGCCAACCUAUUUAUCCCAAGUCUUUGCCUUGAAGUGCAACAAUUUUUUCAUUUUUUCUUAGUGCUUUUUUUCCCUUAUUCUAGGUAAGAAUCAAGAAUGACUGCUGCACCACUAUUAUAAGCAUAUACAUAUUUUAUUUUGCUGGAAGUUAGGCAUAAAUUUGCUUUUCCCUGAAAAUGCACCUUAAUUUUAGUGUCCUCCUCAUGAUAGUAUUCACCACAGUCUACAUUCCAGUAUUGUACACUAAUGUUAUUUUUUUCCUUUCUGAACUGCUCACAAAUAAAACUGUGCAACACUUAUUUCUGUUAACACUUAACACAAGAAAAAAAUGCAAACUUCUUCAGUUUUCAUUUCAUUUUAUGCUGUUUUUUUCUAUUCUGUAUUGAUGAUACUCUUUGCUAGGCCUUUGCCUUUGCCUUAGAUUUUGUUCUCCUGUAAGUAGUUUAAUUACCUUGAGGAAAAGGGGCAGCUAGUAAAUGAUGCAGUUACUGUGUAAUAAGGUGUGCAAAAUGGUUCUGAAGAUGUGGCCCUUUUCAUUUUUCAAAACUGAGUGACUCAUUCAAAGUGGAAAUCAUUCAUGGAAUUAGAUUUACAUUAAAAUCGGCAGAGUUCAUGAGGGGCUUAGGAGCAGUAGACUAUGUUUUUUAUUAUGUGACAUGUUUUGUUCUGUAGAUUGUAGCUAGCUAGUUCAAACUACUGUCAUUGCAUUUAAAAAAGAAUGUUUCAUCUGAUGAGGAAAGAAAAUUGACUGAGAUUGUUGUCUGUCUUUCAGCCAUUUGUCUUUUGUUACUCAUGUUCUUUUUUUCUCCAGUACUGUGUUAGUGCAUUCUUACACUUGCAGACAAGUCAGGUCCUAAAAAUUGCAGAAGGCCUGUACUCUUAAAACUGUAGUUCUGUCGGCUGGAAACCAAAGUCAAUAAGGAAUCAAGGACUUUUUAUUACCAAAAUGUUAAACGUGUAUAUAACAGGUGGUUCUUACUUCAGUGUUAUUUCUUCCCUCAAAAUAAUAAGCAUGAUUGUUUUGUAGUACAACAACCCCAUAACAUGAUCCAAAUAUCAGUUAAUACAGUACACAGUAUUUUCUGAAAGAAUUAGUACUGCAAGUAAAACUGUAUUUAUGAGUUCAUUCAGUCAAAUUUACAGGCAGGCAGUCAUCUUAACCCUGAAUUAUUUUCUUUAUUCAUUAAUUAUAACAGCUGGGGUACAUCUUAAUCUUAACAUUUUUUGCUGUUUGUUUUGAACAGUGUUUGAACACUGCAGUGAAAUACUCCCCCUCUCCCCUUUCCAAAGUGUCCAUUUUUUUAUUUCAUCUAUUUUUUUCUGACUUGCAGCAUGUAUGUUUCAUAUUGCCCCGAUUGAAUAUGGGGACAGAUUUCAGAAGAAACCUUAACAGGUGGCAGUGUACACUUCCAUCACUAGUUGUUACGUUGCAGCACCUAAGGCACAGAUUUGAAACUGCUAAUCUUAAAUAAGUGCCCAAUUUGGUAAGCCAAACGGCCACCUCAGGUUUGCGUUUUUUAUUCUAUAGGAAGUGUAGGUGACAAUUAGUGUUCAUGGUUGGAAACAAUAUUCCUCUUAUAUGCCCCAUAACUCUUAGUGUGUGCUCAGUAAUAUAGUAAAUCACCUUUUGAAAACGCUAGGCUCUGUGAUAGUACUGCUUUUAAGUUCCUAAGCUCUUUUAGACUGCAGUGUUGAAAGCAAACACUGAGCUUCCUGCAUUCUUUAAAUGGGACAUUAUUUGCACGGUAAAAUAUCCAUCCACCCUGGGUUAAUUAUUUGUUAGAUGUAGGCUCCUAUAAUCAUUGUUUCUGCACUAUUAAAACUUAUUGAUAGACGUAUUAAUCUGGUAGGUAACAUGCUUUUCUGCCUUUAACGUUUUGCUGUGUUGCACUAUUUACAAUUUUCUCCUCUAUGCAAAAUGUAAUGCUUAAAGUAAAUGGAUGGUACCAUUUUGACCAAAGUAAGCAGUACAAAUUGAAAGUAUAUGAAAAUCAGCGACCAAAAUGUUCCUGUUGUAUAGAAUUACAAAUUUGUUAAGACUACAAGUCAUAAAACAGUAUUUUAUUUGUAUGUGUUUUCUAUGUUCAGUUAUCUGUAUUAGUGUUUUUUUAUUCUAAAACAAUAUUAUUGUUUAACAGAUGAUAGUGGUCUAUAUUUUGAUUUGUUUCAUCCCAAAAAUGAGACAACAGGACAGUAUAAAUUUUAAUACAGAAAAAUUACACAUUUCCUAUUACCCUUUCAGGCACUUAAUUUCCAUAACAUUUCAUGUGUAUAUUGCUGAAAAAUAUAUUAAAAGUUAGUUCUCAAAAAUAAAUCACAAUGGCAUGUAUUUGAAAUGUUGGUCGUACUGGUUUUGGACUUCAUCGAUACUGUAAAAAAGCAGAAUGUGCCAAAACAUUUGAAAUAUCUCACUACCAAUUACAGUCAAUUCCAUUUAACAGUGGAAUCCACAAUUACAGGGUCUCCAGUGCACAUUGCAUUUACUCUACUUGUGAAUUUUGCGUCUUCGGUCAUAUUUGUGACUCCAACAGUAUAGAUUCGUUUUCACCUGAGGAAUUGCUAUACUAUUGCUAAUUUGGUAGCAAUGCAGAGCUGUAUGCAAAAUAACCUUAAUAGAUCCAUCACUAUUUAUUAGGAAUUGUGAAAGAAAUUUGGACUGUGUGCCAACUCAUAAUGUGAAAUGACAUCUUGUCUCAUGAAUUGAAUCCUAAAGAUUAAUACAGCCCCUGAGAGUUACAAGUAGUAAGGUUUGCGGUCUUUUGUAUGGUGCGUGUCAGUUUUAUAUCACGAUAUAAAUAUAUAUCAAAAUGUAUUAGGAUUAAUAAUGAAGGAGUAGUAAUGAUCGUUUUACUGUUCUGAAUAUACAAUGCCCUUGCAGUAUAAAAUGAGCAAGCCUGAAAAUAAUGGACAGGCUAAUUUCACAUCCUGUGCAGCAUGUAAAUGGUUUAAACUGAGAUUUCUCUGACUUGAAUGCUACAUACAGUACAAAUAGCAGAGUAGGAGAGGUAUUGUUCAAGAUGCAUACCUGUACCAUCCAGUUUACAACAAUGGCAUUACAUGUACCAAGUAUCGCCCCAGACUCCUAUCAAGAGUUACUGUACACCAUGUUACAUUCCGCCGUUACUGUACAGCCCUUUCUGACAGAUGGUGCAGAAACACAGAUUAAAAUUAAUUGACUCUGACAUAAGCUUGGCUAUGAAUGGCAGUUAGCUACAAGAAAGUCAUUCUUGACUGUUUUAUACGUAAGUUAGGGAUUUCCUAAGUUUAAUGAUGGUACUUCUUUGAUGAAUCCCAAUUUCAGCAGUUCAGCUCCAGCCCACAUAGGAAUGUAGAGGCAGAGAGAUGACAAGUUCCAACCCUGAUACUUGCGGAGGACUGUCGGGCAGGGUGGUGUCAGUGUCCUGAUGUGGGUUUCCAUUUGGUAUGAUGGAGAAAUGAAAUUGUGAAGUCUCAGGCCCAAGAAAAAGGUGCCACGGCCAAGAUGACAACUAUGUGGAAGAGUAAACCAGACAUUUAUCUCUUCCCCUCUACACAUUAUCCAAAGCACUUGGUUAAUAAGGCAGCCGCAUACUUGUACAAACAUGGAUUGUAAAUCCAGUGUAUAUUUACUUUCGGUGAAAUAAAAAAAAUGUACUGUGAAUGGUGCUCAUUUUAUUCUGCCAGAGCAUAGUAGUAGCCUGGCCAGAACCGUUUUGUCCAAUACAACCUGAGUCCAGGAACGAUAGGAAGUGCCAUGUGGUGUGUUUACCAGGAGAGGGCAGCAAUAUCCUGGGAACAAUUAACAUUGUUUCAUACAAAUUAAAAUGCUGUAAUUUUAUGAUAUUUUAACUUACAGGUUAAAGUGCCUUCUAAAUCAACAACAUGAAUCCAACAAUUUACAAAUAAUUUAAAAAACCUAAUACAUACCAUAGAACUGUAUCUAAAUGUCUGAUGUAUGCUAAUCUAACACUGCUUGAAAGCCUGUUCAAUUGCACUUAUUUGCAGAUGUGGUUUAUGCAUAAUCAGGCUCGUAAUUGCAAGGUUUGAAUUAAUGUGGUGAUUUUCCCAAGGAUAGUUGACAGCUCCUGUCUGUUUGAGCAGAAGACAGGUGUUGUUAAAAUAGAGUUGCUUCUUGUGUUUUGCCCUCCUGCUGUGCACCUGCAGAGAGGGCUGAUAAUAACCAUGUUUAAAUUGGUUUUCUGUGUGUACUUGUCCUGCAUCCACAAAUGACAAAAAGCAAUAAAGUAAUACUGAGCUCCACACGAGGCGCUUAUAUACUGUACAUCAUAGGUAACCACCAGGUAAAAAAACUCCAUUGUUCAGGCUUUGAUUGACAUGACAGGCUUUGGGGUGGAUGAACAGGGGUUUUAGAUGGUGGGGAUGUAUAAUGUCUGAAUGCAUUUUGUGUGAGGAUGACAGAGCGACCUUCUGCAAAUGAGUGCUCUUUCAGGGCCAUGUAAGAGCUGUGUGUUUGGCUGAGCCCACCAUGUGACAUACAGUGCAGGAUACCACUGUCACAAUUUCACCAAAUAGAUUCUGCAUUUCGCACAACUUUGAAUGAGUUUAAUUGACUCUCUAACACAGUGGCUAGUGGUGAGCCACUGAAACUCAGAUAGGAGGUCCAGGUCCAGUAGGAUCAUCCAGGGUCUGGAACUACUCAUCAAGAUCAAUUUUGGAACUAUCAGAAUUAUUGAAAGGAACAUCCGAGGUGAAUGCUUAGGAUCAACAGAAGUUUUUAAAGCCUUGAUAUUUUCUGUAAUGUGCUCAUGAGUAUCUCAUUGUGUAAAUUCUAUGUAAAGUUCCUUCAUGCUUUUGUUUAUUAGCACAUUUUAUAAGAGCAUCAUUCAUGUAUGUAUUUUCAAAUGGAAGUUGUGAUUGAACUUGUGACAGUAUCUCUAAACUUCCUCUGCUAAGAAAGAAAUGCAUAUGGUGUUACACGAUGCAAGUGAAAUGUUUAUAGUGGCUGCUGGUAGAAUAAAACUAUGAUUUGCACACUUUCUUGUGUCAAAGGCACGCGCUUUUUAUCUCAUUUAGUGAAAUGUUAUGCUACAUAUUUCAGCAAUGCACUGGAUAUCUUUGAGAUAAACCACUGUAGAAAAGACAUUCAUUUCCUGUUGCUUUUGUAUUGUAUUCUGCUUUGGCUGCAUAGCUAUAUUAUUAUAGAAAACUGAAAUAAAACUAUUACAAACAUCAGUGUUUAUUCUUUACAAGAUAGAUAUUGAGCUUGUAACACAAUUGCUGUAUUUCUGGUGUUGUGUACGAAAUUUAAAAAUAUUUUUGUCGUUAUGUUUCGUAUACAGUUUUCCAUAGGGAUAUUGUAGGAGCAGGAUUGCAAUUUGUGUAUUCUCAUCUGUUAUUUAGGUUGUCAAUAAAACAGCUUGCAAAGCA